GGCUGCUAGUCGACUGACUGCACGAUCUAUUGAAGCCGGGGAUGGUAUUAGUUGACGGAGCUGAACGAUGCGGAUGCGGACAACAACAACCGCCUCAUCGCAUCUGGACCUUUUCAGGGUAGGAUAUAAGAUAAGGCGACUUCUUCCGUCUUGUUGUCCUUCUCAUCCCGCAAGCACACCCACCAGCACAAGCACCACACUCCCUCCUUCAUCAUCUGUCACUCGUUGUCUGUUAUCAACAUGCGUUCCACACUCAUUGCCGCAUCCGCUCUGUGCGGGCUCGCCGCUGCCGCUCCCAGGCCCCAAGAGAUCAACGUUGCCGCUGCCGAAGAGCUCCCACUUCCGACGGUUCUCGGCGCCCCUCUAGCUGCCACUAACACUCCUGCGGUGACUUAUGACCCUACUGCGGCAGCUUCUUCAGCAGCAGCAGCCGUGUCUACGGCCCCAGCAGAUCCUAGCAGCAGGCGACGGGCGAUGAAGAAGAGAGAUGCGUGCCAGCAGCAGCCCGGAGGCUUCGGACCAGUUCCAGGAGACGGCUCGGUGGAGGCAUAUCUUGCGGAAGACAGCAUCCUCGCUUCGGCCGCUCAAGGGGCUUCUACCCCCAGCGGAUACAUCAAUGCCUUCACCGACCUGCAGGGCAGCACACAGCAGAUUGGCUACCUCACCUACAAGACCAUCGACAGCGGCGACUACGAUGUGAAAUCCUGCGCCGAUUUCUGCGACAGCGAGAAAUACUGUCUCGGUUUCAACAUUUAUUACGAGCGUGAUCCGUCUGUCGAGCCAGCUGAUAGCUGCGCGAACCCUGACCCGAUCACCAAUGUCAAAUGCGCUCUCUACGGCUACCCUGUUGCGUCUGGCUCCGCCACGAACUAUGGACAGUGGCGCAAUGAUUUCCAUGUAGUGAUUGCAGGCAGCAACGGGUACUACAAGCUCCCUACCACAGAGCCCACACUACCCAGCUUCAACGCUCCUGAGGCUCUCACCGCCGCUAUCGACGCGCUCAAUGAGGCAAACAGCUACAACGGCAUGCACAUGUCGAACGACGGCCCCUUCGACCCCGCCGUCUGCGCCGCUUAUUGCCUGGCUCAAACUGAGUUUGAUCACGAGCACCUGGUUGACGAGAACGGCAAUUACAGGCCCUGCAACUUCUUCAAUGCGUACAUUCUUACCAAGAACGAUGUCCCGCAGGGCACUUACUGCAGCUUCUACACCCAGCCUUGGGAUGCUAGCUACGCUGUCAAUACGGGCUACUCCUCCGGCGCCGAUACGUACAAAGUUGAGGCAAGCUUCUCAUACACGCUUACUACGCAAGAUGAUGGAACCGUUGCGCAGGGCGACUCGCAGUGAGGGGUGCCCAGGUGGUGAAGUUGUGGAUGUGAGCUGUGGUGUGUGGUGUACCUGGAAACACGAGUAUUUCUUAAUGUCUACUGUACUAAUGCAUAUACAUACCUAUGCAUGGAACCACAUGCAUUUUCGCCCUUCUGUCUAAAUUCUCUAACUGUUCAC